AUGGUCAAACUCUUUGACCUGGACGCUGAAAUCGGAAUUACGCUGUUGGUUGUUACUAGUAGUCCUGGAGGAUCUUAUUCCAAUUGGUGGUGCUCCAUGUUCAAUGCAGAUCUUGCACUUAGUGUGACAAUGACUGCGAUUUCAACUCUUCUUUCCGUCGCAGCGCUUCCAGCAAACCUUUUGCUGUAUGCCAAGAUGGCGUACUCGGCGGAUAUCACGGAACAACUCGAUUGGCGAUCCCUAUUCACUUCUUUGGCAGUGGUCAUAUAUGCCAUUUUGUUUGGACUCUUUUGUUCCUGGAAGAUACAUUCCUACAAAUUUAAUAUUGUCUGCAACAAAGUUGGAAACGUUGCUGGAUUGCUCUUGGUCAUCUUUUCGGCAACAGUGGCCAACACGGGUGGUGGGAAUGUUGCGGAGGGUGAACAUGUAGACCGAAUCUGGUCGCGAGGGUUCCAGUUUUAUGCCGCCUGUUCGUUGCCAUGUAUACUGGGGAUGUUGAUAGCGGCUGGUUUGGCAACUGUCGUGGACCUGAAAAAGCCAGAGAGAAUCACUGUCGCAGUGGAGUGUUGUUACCAAAAUGUCGGAAUUGCAACUUCGGUGGCCCUCUCCAUGUUCAAGGGAGCAGAAGUGACCAAAGCAAUGGGUGUUCCAUUGUUUUACGGAAUUGUCGAGGCAGUAUUUGUCGGAAUUUUCUGUAUAGUUGGUUGGAAGGCUGGAUGGACGAAAGCACCGAUUGAUGUUUCCUUUUGGAGAAUGAUAACGACAACCUACGAAGUAUUGGAAGCAGAACGGAUUGGACAGUCAGAAGAAAUCGAAGUCGCGUUUACCGAUGACGAUGCCAGUGCCGAGACACAAGAAGGUCACAUAUUCACUACCUUCUUUUCAUUAGAGAACUUGGAUAAGAAACCGAACUCUCGAAAAGAACCCAGUGGUGAACUGGAAACGGUAUACCCAGAGCUAAGAGACCAAAAUAUCACAUAA